AUGGAAGUUGAUUUAAAAUGUAAUGUUGCUCAAUGUAGAAAAAAUUUAAUUGAUUGUGCAAAUAAUACAUUUACAUCGGCUUUAGUUUGUCCUGCUUGUGAGACCAGUCUUACUGAAAACGAUGAUAUUGUAUUCACAGAUUUAAAUCCAAAUGAAGAUUAUAAAGCUUCUGUACUAUCAGGCCUAAGACCAGAUAUCAUAGUGGAGAUUUGUUCACGUUCAUUAUCAUUUUGGACAUAUCAAACAACUCAAGAAGCUUAUUUCCAAAAAAUGUUGUAUAAAAAUUUACAAGAAAAAUGUUCACAAUUAGAAAAACAAAUGCAGUCAGUAAUAAGAGACGCACAGGAGGAAAUUGCAUCGAUACAAAAAGAUCUGGAACUAGAAAAGCACAAGAAUCAUGAUUUUGCUGAACAAUUACAAGAAAAAACACGACAAUUUUCAAAAUUACAGAUUAUGUAUGACAAAUUAAAACGUCGCUCUUUAGUCCCAGCAAUGCAACAAACACAACAAGGAACAAAUAGAUUAUACGGUAAUCCACAAUCAUGGAAUUUGAAGAAUAAUUCUCAAGAAUAUCGUCUAAAUAGUGAUCAAAUUCCAUUCGCACCAUGUAAUGUAAAUGGAGGACGUAAAACAAUUGAUGGUAAUGAUGCUAAUAAGAAUUUUCAAUCUAAUGCACACUUUCCACCAAUAAGAAAUCCUUUUGUAAUGAAAUCAAAUACCGGAAUGAGAGUGAUGGCACCAUCAGGAGGAGUGAGAUAA